AUGACAUUAAGUAACACAAAACGGAAGGGAGAACACAGCCUUGAGAGCCAUAAUGAAGCAAAAGAGGGUAAAUUAUCAUCAAUUUUAUCAAAAAAGAGACCAAUAAUAGGCCAAAAAUCAAGUAUCCUAUCAGCCGAAAUGAAGAGAAAGGAUACAAAUUAG